AUGAAGGAUGGGACAGGUCUUCAGAUGUCCCUUCCUAGGAUGGUCCCCAAGCCGUUUGUCAGCUUUUUCUGGACCUUUGCACUAUUCAGCAUCGCCAUUGCGGCGGACCAAUUCAGGUUCACGGGGCAUCUCGCACGCUUCGUUCCAAACUGCGCAAGCGGGUGCCUCGUCUCUUUUCUCAACGACAACUUUGCCGAGACGUCUUGCGACACGACUACAUCACUCGAGUGUCUGUGUGCUGAGACGGGCACUUCAGGUUUCACCAUUGGCGAGGGCGCAGUUCAAUGUAUCGAAGCGGAACAGUCGAUAGGAUCUUGCGCAGCUGGGGAGAUUGAUAACACGGCAUAUUUCAUGUGCGCUGACCUCCACGAGUUCUUCGACGCGAUCCUCAUUGGCGACAACAUCACGUACGCCUACGUCAGCAUCUCGCACAACAAGUAUCACGACUCUGGCAACCUCAACUAG